UCAAUCAUUCCUUUUUUUACUAGAUCCUUACUUCGACGCAAUUUCUCAAAGAGAACUCCAUUCUUGUUUCUAUUUUCUCUUUGAGCCUCUUACCGCAGAACUUUUAUUAGUGGUCCCAGUGACUUUCCUUUUCGUACGUUGACUCUCCCACCAUAAGCCCAUCUUCAAAGAAUAAAGAAUCUCUGUGUGAUCAUUUCUAUGGAAGACAGGGGCAUCCGCAAGCGCAAGCUUACUGAGGAGGCUCAUUCUACUCAGUCCGCUCCGUCUGCCAACGUGGAUAGUAGCAGCCUUAGCUCUGAGCCAGGGCCAGCCACUUCUCUAUCCAAGAAGAAAAAGUUGAGUGAGAGUAACCAAGAUAUGAUUGACGGAGAUCAUGAGAAUGAUACCUCACAGUCGCCAUCAGCAAUAGAGGAUAACCUCCUUAGCUAUCAGAAAAAUGUCAUUUGGAAUCAGAUGCAAGAAUGCAAAAAACAAUACUUGAGUGCUCAGGAGCAAGUUCAACAACUUCUGGACAAGCAAGUCGAGCACGAGGCUCAUCUAAGUACUGUGGACAUUUAUUGGAACAAGUUACUGCAAGAUAUCGGAAUGCUUAUGAUUAGAGUUGAUAUCAACACAGAAGUGGAAAGCCUUGCUUUGCCAGAUACUAGCGUUGCGUCAUUCAUGCUUCAUGGAUCUACAGGAUACAACCAGAAUCACGAGACAAAUAAAUUUACAAUGGAGACCAUCAAAGCAACGAUGACAGCUCGGUCAGAACACACAAAGGAGAUCGUGAACGAAUUGCUUCGGAUGGUCGCGAAUUGGAAAAACGAACGUAACUCAUUCUGGAGCGAACUUGGCAACGCAGAUUCGGCAACGAGGGAAAGUAGGCUUAUAGAGUGGUUGUCGCAAGAAAACGAUAAAGUUACCGGGCUUCAAAGGAAGGGCAUGAAGGAUAUCGAAAAAAUGCAAGCCAAAUAUCACUCAAUUUCUGAUCAGAUUGUGCGAUUGAGGAAUGAGCUCGAAAUGGCUAAAGCUCGUUUAGAGGAGACAGCGGAGUCCUUGGACGAAUCUAAGGAAAAGCUUCGUCGAACAGAGAAGAGUGUUGACCGUGGGAAGAGCUCAAUUGUUGCUGCGGUGACAUCGGGUGAGAUUUUUGGAGAGAAUUACAACGGGACGCCAGACACAACUAUACCAUCAUUAGGGCAUAUGAAUACUAAAAAUGAGGCACAUGACGGAUCCCAGGAUGAGCUCUUACAAUAUCGAGAACUGGCAGUAGCACGUCUGGCAGAACUUGAAGAUAUGAAGACACAACGGAUCCAGCUAAAGAACGAGUUGGAAUUGCUCAAGAUACAGCUUAAGCAUAUUCCAGAUGGAAAGAUUCAGGAGACUCCACAUGUCAAAUCACUUUUAGCACAGCUGCAAUAUGCUCGUAAUGAUGCGGAGGGAUAUCGAAAUGAAUCAAACAAGAUAAAGGCAGACCUCGAAGAACUCUAUCAUUCUCGGAGAAAAUUUAUGGAAGAUCUUGAGACAGAAGAAAAGGGUAGGAGAGCCGGCUUGGAGGACGAGCUCAAGAAACUUGAGAGCGAGAUAUCUCGAUUACGAGAUAGUCGCGAUAGGUUUCAACAGAUGUAUGAGGCUAGGUGCACCAAAGACGAUUACGAAAUGCAACAAAAUCAGGAAAUUCGCAAGAUCGCAAACACAAGAAAGGUACAUUCCAGGGAAUUUUAUAUUUGAGCAUUUGUGUUCAAGGCAAAUACGACUGCUAGUGCUUACUUUAUCCUUUUCUCUGUCAACACUACGAUGAUGUUUGUGAUUCAGGAUCGUAUCACUACAUUGACAACAGAUAUUCACCGUCUGCAAAUCAUGCUUGCUGCCAGCACAGGUGACAGGGAUGCCUUUACAUUCUACUUGAGCGGCCCCACCGACAAGUCGUUUCUUGACG